AUGCCGGAUGACUCAAGUGACCCGGAUCUAUCAUCCCAGGAUAACCACUUGGCAUUGGAUUCCAGUAGAGCGAUAGAGCAUAAGAAUAUGAGCCCAUCAAAUUUAGACCAUGCUGAAGAUAAGGCGGGUUCGCACAGCAGCUCGAAAUCUGGAGUGAACGACCACAUGUCGGCCAUGCACAGUUUCGGGGACUCAGUUGCACUGUCGGAGAAGCAGAUGGGUGCAGGGCAGCAAACGGGUGAUGGUGAGAAGGAAACAAAUGGGAAGAGUGGUAAGGCUGAGAACGUAAGUGUUAAGAAAGAGAGCAAGGGCAGUGGCGGUAAAGCAAAGGGCCACGAGGACCAUACGAAGGGAGUGAGCUCGGCAGCAGUGAGCAACGCGUCGAGCGGCACGGGAAUACACACGACGGGCAUGAAUUCGGCAGCAAAUGCAGGGAUUUCGUUUGACUAUGGGUCGUGGGAGGAGGCAGCAGAGGAGUUGAACUUCUUGAAUGACACGACUGCAUUGGGUAUGGAGUCUGGCACAGGGGCAAUGCCAGGUGCGAGCGCGAACGCCGGGGCAGGCUCUGGGACGGGUUCCGGGACGGAGAACGUGACCAGUGCUGGUGGUGCAGGCAGCAACGGCGUUUUUUCACCGGUGAACACGGCAUCGAGUGCCGCCCCGUCCCCCUCGGACUACGCGUUCCAGCUCCAGCAGUACCAGAACCUUCUCUUGGAGGCGCAGCAGGAGACCACGCACCAGGGAGUGGGAAUAGGUAGUGGAGGGAAGAAUGGCCCGAGAAACGCGGGAGGAUCCGUGGUGAACACCGUGGUGAACCCAUCUGGCCCAGUUGGCCCCGUGGCAGGUGGGAUGACGGGUGUUUUCCGCGCGAAGAAGGUGCCGAAGGCUAAGGGUCGGGCCUCUGGGCUGGGGAACGGGUUCUCGAGCUACAGCAUGGGCAGCUUUGAGAAUUUCAGUGCGACGAGUGGUGGCAGCCCGAAUAAUGCGCCGCCGGGCGGCAGCCAGCAGUAUAACGGCCCGUUUUCGGCCGGUGGAGUUUCCUCGAGUGCCGUUUCAUCACCCGCGACACCGGGGCAGCUGUCCAUGCCGCAGAUGCAGUCGACGCUGGCCGGGAUGGGCCCGGUGGCCUUGCAGCAGUACCAGGGACAGUAUCAGGGCCCACAGCAGCAGCAGCAGCAACAACAACAACAACAACAACAGCAGCAGCAGCAGCAACAGCAGUUGGCAGCCCUGCAGAUGGCCCAGCUGGCGGCAGCCGGGCAGCAGCAGAUGCUCCGGGGCCAGUUUGCCAGUGCAUACAACAGCACCAACGCGGCCACAAGGCGGGCGAUCGACAUCGGGUUCCGGAACGGGUUGCUGGCCGGGAGUGGGGCGAAGGCAGCGGGCGAAACGCUGCGGGGGAGAAGAAGAAAGUCACCUCCACAGCCACGGACGAAAGUCCGGCCGUGCGACCACUGCCGGAGAAGGAAGACGAAGUGCAUCAUGAUCCCGGAGAUCCACUCGUGCAAGAUGUGCCAGGAGAAGGGGUUGAAGUGCACGUUCACGGACACGGCGAGGUCGUUGAAGCGGGGGUUAGAGAGAGGGGCCGGCGGCAGCAGCAGUGGCAAUGGGGAGGGCAGCGACAAGAGGAUGAAGAUGGACGACCCGUCGAUCGAGCCGCCGCCAAACAUCGCCGUCCGGAACGUGCACCCGAUCCGCGACUACGCGACGAUGAGGGGCAAGUCGCUGUUGAAGAAGACACUCAGCUUGCAGUACCCGCGAUCGAGCUUCUACGUCGGGGCGACGUCGAUCUACGACCCGAUCUUCCUGCCGCACAUCGCGUUGGACAAGAUCGACCAGUUCUCGCUCGACAAGUCGAACUCGGUGCGGAAAGUGGCCGACGACGUUCAGUUCGUGUUGCGGGACGAUUUCAGCGAGGCGUUGUACGAGAAGUCGGAGCGGGACGCGGACACGGUGGAGCGGUACGUGGCACCACACGGCAAGGCGUUGAUCGACCUCUACUUCCGGACGGUGCACCCGUCGUUCCCGAUCUUGCACAAGAAGAUCUUCCUGGAGAAGUACGCGCGGACCCACCGCGAGUUCGGGGCCCCACUCUUGGCAGCCGUGUACUUGCUCGCCAUCCAGUGGUGGGACUAUGACCCGGCCCUCUCGCAGUUCCCCAAGCCCAACGUCGAGUCCUUGCACCGGUUCGCGAUCCGGGCCUUCGGCGACGUCAUCCGCCGGCCCAAGCUGAGUGCCGUGCAGGCCGGACUCCUCUUGCUGCAGUGCCGGACGCCCGACUCCGCCGACAAGAACUGGUUGCUGUCGUCGCAGGUCGUCGCGGUGGCCGAGGACUUGGGCUUAGGGCUCGAGUGCGGCCACUGGAGAUUGCCCCGGUGGGAAAGGGGCCUCCGCCGCCGCUUGGCCUGGGCCGUGUUCAUCCAGGACAAGUGGUCUUCCCUUGUUGAGGCCCGGCCCAGCCACAUAGCCCAGGGCCGCGAUUGGUUGGUCGGCAAAGUGUCUCUCGAGGACUUCCCCGAGAAGGCCAACGAUGACCCGGACAGCCUCAGAGCCGGUUCCUCGGACGUGGAAAACGGCCGCAAGGCCUUCGUGCACAUGGUGUCGCUCAGCGAGAUCUUGAGCGAGAUCCUCGACACCUUCUACACGCCGGCGGCAAUGCUGCACAUACGCAGCAUCGACAACGUGCUUCUGCACGCCAAGCCGCUUCAGCUCAAGCUGCGAAACUGGUACCACUCGCUUCCCAAGGACCUGCAGAUGGCCUCCGUCAAGCCCCGCCACUUCAACAGCAACGGCACUUUGCAGCUCGCCUACUUCGCCACCGAGAUCACCCUCCACCGCCGCAUCAUCGCUGCCUUGCACAGCCAGCACGACCCGGCUCCUCCCCAGCAGCUCGUCCGUGUCUGUCGCAACGCCGCCAAGACCAGACUCACCGCGUCCAUCGAGUUCGCACGUGACCUCAAGGCCGAGCACAUGCAGGCCUUCUGGUACUCCUCCGCCGUCCACAACUUCGCACUAAUCGGCAUCUUCGCCGCCCUCUUGUACGUCACCUCCUCCUCGCCCCACGAGGCCGCUGCCUACAAAGAGCAGUUGUUCGACUACCGCUGGAUUCUCAAGGUCAACUCCCACAGUUUCGAUGUCGCAAGCAGGGCCUUGGAGAAGAUCGAUGGUGUCUUGAAGAACAUCCCUGCUUUGCUCCAGGAGCCAGAGACCACUGCCUCCGGUUCCCCGAUCCACGAUGCCAAACACCAGCCUGCCAUCUCUUCCACCACCCAAGUCCACACCUCCGGUUCCUUGUCCCCGGCCAGCAACACUGCCCCAUCUGGCCUGCCUCAUCCAAAGAAGACCUGA